AUUUUACCAUUUUCUUCGCGAAGACUUUAUUAACAUUUAAAAAAAAGGUCAUAUUCGUGAUCAGCAUCGGUAGAUCUACCCGGUGAUCUGUGUUUCAGUCAGAAAAAAAUGUGCUGAACUUUUGCAUGAUCAUUUCUAAGUAUUAAAUCUGAUCACUAAUAAGAUUUCUGAUUAUAUUUGUUAUAGGUGCGAAGUUUAGAGGUAUUCGCAUCAGAAUUAAAUUUUCACUGUGAAGAAUAUGCAUCAAACAAAGGCAAAUUUCCGCCCAUCAAACGACGACAAAAACGUUCAUUAUAUGUGUGCACAAUUGAAAAAGCAAAUUCAUUGAUUAAUUCAUUAAUUGAAAAUAAACGGUUAAAUGAUCUGGGUUUCGUUGUUGUCGAUGAACUUCAUAUGAUCGGUGAAGGUGGAACUCGUGGAGCUACAUUGGAAACAGCGUUAACAAAACUUCGAUUUGUAUCACCUACAACACAAAUUAUUGGAAUGAGUGCAACAUUGUCAAAUGUCGAUGAAUUAAAAUUAUUUCUUGGUGCAGAAUUUUAUGAAGAAUAUUUUCGUCCGGUGAAAUUAGAAGAAUAUGUGAAAUUGAAUAAGAAUAUUUAUAAAGUUGAUCGAAGUGCAAUGGACGAUGAAAAUCAGUUAAAAGAAGAUCGUUCUAUUAGCGUUGAAUACACUAAAGAACAACUUAAAUCAGAUCCAGAUCAGUUGGUUGCACUUGUAUCUGAAACUAUUCCAAAUGAUCAAUGUCUUGUAUUUUGUCCAACGAAAAAAAUUUGUGAAAAUGUUGCCCAAUUAAUUAUCAGUUUUAUGCCGAGUACGCUACUUAAUGAUAAUGCAACGCAACGUCAAGAUUUAAUAAAUAAUUUGUUCGAAAUGAAUGAUGGAUUCUUGUGUGAUGUUCUGAAAUGUACAAUUCCAUAUGGUGUAGCUUAUCAUCAUAGUGGUUUAACAAAUGAUGAACGUUUAUUAAUCGAAGAAUCAUUUUCAAAUGGUAUUUUGACAUGUUUAACAUGCACAUCAACAUUGGCAGCUGGUGUGAAUUUACCAGCAAAACGAGUAAUUAUUCGUGCACCAUACGUUGCUGAUCAAUUUAUUAGUGUUACACAAUAUAAACAAAUGGCUGGACGAGCAGGUAGAACAGGACAAAGUGAAACUGGUGAAUGUAUUAUAUUAGCCAGAGACAAAGAUUGUGUUCAGUUAAAAAAUGUGUUAUUUGCACCUCAGUUUGCCUGUGAUAGUAAUUUGAUGAAGGAUUCUGGUUAUGGAAUAAAACAACUUCUAUUGAGUGCAAUUAGUUUAAAAAUGGGUUCAACAUUUGAUGAACUUCUCUCAUUAUUGAACAAAACAUUGCUUUCAAUACAAUCAAAUCGUUUAAAUUAUAACAUGGGAGAUAUAUUAAAGACAUAUUUAGAAUACUUAAUCGAUAAACAUAUUGUAUCAUCAACAGUAUUACCAAAUGAGACUAUAACGUAUGAAAUAGCACGUUUAGGAAAAGCAACAUGCGACGGUUCAAUUGAAAUAGAUUUGGCUGAGAAAUUAUAUAAAGAUUUACAAAAAAAGUUUAAAAUGUUUGAAUUUAUCAAAUCCAUUACAUUUAUUAUAUAUUUCGAUACCCUAUGA